UUGCUAACUUAAGGGUAGUUCUAAUGUAUAUUUUGACAGUGACGGUUAGGCUCAUGUUAAUUUUGUGUAAACUAAUUUUAUUUUGUUUAAGUUAGACCUCUUUUUCAAACAUUAUGUGCAUAUUUACACUUGUAUUUACCUCGUUACCUUGUGAAAACUUGUCGACUCAAGCGACUGAAAGGUUUGAACAUUAUUAUGGAACUGCAGACCGCGCAAGAAUAUGUUCGGCAACAAAAAAACUGGAAAAAGGCAGUGGAAACAUAUACAACAUUUUUAAGAAAUAAGAACAAUUCUAUCGAGCAAAUUGUAUUGGCAUUAUUUAGUCGAUUGGAAUGUCUUUUCGAAUUGAACAAUUACGCUGCAGUUAUAAACGAUUGCAAGAGUAUUAUCCAAAUCACAGUAAAUCAGAAUGUCCAUACUACGUUGCUGGCUAGAAAAAGACUGAUACAGUCUUUGGUUUUAUUACAUAAAUAUAUAGAUGCAGAUAGAGCGACAAAGGAAUGGUUGACGCUUCUAGAUUCUGAAGAAUCCAGAGAAAUUAAUGAAGUAAAACUCAUUCUGCGUGGCUUAUUAGGAACUUUUAAUUCAAAUGCCGCAUCAAAGCAAAAAUUUAUGAAUCUUAUGAAAUUACUUGAGGCGCAAUUAUCCAAAAUGGAUGAAGCAGCUAUGCAAUCGUUUGCAAAUAAUGUGGACAGCACAUUGGUAUCUUGCAUAUAUUGCAAUGUAUCCUUCAAGGAUAAAACCGAACUGAGGGCGCACUGCCAGACGGAAAUACAUGAAAUGAUGAUUAUGUCUGAUGAAGGACAUGAUUGGUUUUGGCGUCCUCCGCCUCGAGGAUUUAAAUCAGAUACUUACGUUUUGUGUCAAAACUGGAAAGAUUCAGGAACGUGCAGAUUUGGAGUGCAGUGUGUCCAAGCUCAUGGAGAAGUCGAGCUAAUUGAGUGGAAAGAAAGGUUUAGAUACAGGGAAAUGAAAUUGCAAAGGGCUAGAGAAAAGGAACUUUUUGGUAAAUCUUACACUGAGGAGCUGCUCGAAAAAUGGGUUCAAUCACCUAGUCCUGACACUUUAAUGUGCGAUAGGAUCGAUGAGGUUGACGAAACAUGUUCGUGUCCUCUUUCGGUGACAGUUUCAUCCAAAAAUAGUUACCACAAUUGGACGUUUUUACUUAGAACACGCAAGCCUCUUAAAGCAGUGGCCCUGCUUCAGGAUACACACCGUAUGCAUUUUUAUAUUUCAAGUAUAUUCAUUAAAAAUGCAAAAAUCGAACACAAGAAUGACCAGGAAUGGAUAUCGCAUCUCUGUCUUCAAGAUUCAUUUGCUGUUGUUGAGUACAGGAUAACCGUUAUGUUCAAAACUAGUAUUUUUGGCACAUUUCGGCAAAGUGUGGUUUUUGAUUUCUCAACCGAACCAGUUUUGGUAAAACAUCUUUGUGCAGACUUGGUUCCAGAUGCAGAAUUAAAUAAAAUAAAUGAGAUUCGCAAAGAGAUCACUCUUUCCAUAUCGGAAAGAUGGACGGUUCAUAAUUCCGAUAUCGUCUAUUUCCAUUCGGAACUGGUUAGUUCAAGUACCAGUGAAGAUUGGGAAAAGAAACUAAGAUCAAUGUAUCCGUGUCCGCAAAAUGAGACCUUUGUUUUGUCGCACGCAACAAUGACGGAAAAUAAAUUUACCAGAAACAAUUACAGGGAAAGAAUGCAUGAAUUACUAUUCAUAGAAGAAAUGUCUCGAUAUGAUCUUAUAGCAAACUAUAACUUGACGACCAAAUUGAAAAUCACUCGCAGUUACAUACUAUCACCAAACAGUAUGGCUGCAAGCACCGCUAAAUAUUCAAAUAAUGGUGAGCUGUUUGCCUCAAUUAGUCUGGGCAGAGAAUUGUCUGAAGAUACAUCAGAGGGCAGACUGAUUCUAAUGCACUGUAAUUCUGUGUAUUUGUGCCCAUCUGGAACUCAAAGCGAAACUGGACGAAAAGUAUUUGAAGCACUAAUCGAAGACAAGGGCAAGAGUACAAUAUAUUUGAGGUUAUCAAGCGACACCGUGAGCCAACUGCAAUUGACCCCGGAUUCAGACAUCGAGGUCCAGAUCCAGUUUCAACUGAAUAGAAUACCGUAUUGUGAAUGGCAUUAUAUCUUAGACAAAAUGCCCAAUUUUAAAGCGAUAUUUCCGGAAACUUACUUGGAGCCAAUCAUUCCAUGGUCACCUUCGAGACAGUGGUCUCGAAAUUUGGACUAUCGACUCAACAUUAAACAGAAGGAAGCUGUAGUCGCGAUUACGACACCUCUCAGUAUCUCCUUGCCACCCAUUUUAGUUAUAGGUCCGUUUGGCACUGGAAAAACGUUCACGUUAGCGCAAGCAAUCCGAAAUUUAAUAAAGGAUCCAGCAAAUCGAAUUCUACUAUGCACGCAUUCAAACAGUGCUGCAGAUCUGUACAUAAAGGAUUAUCUGGAUAAAUGGGUGGUGGCAGGUGAAGAGAAUGCGCGGCCCUUGAGAGUUUACUACCAGAAGAGAUGGGUGGCCACUGUGAAUAGUGUUGUUCAAAAGGCAUUUUGUGUCCCAACACUGGAGGAAUUGAAGAAAUAUCGGAUAGUGGUGGUGACUUUGUCCACAUCGGUCUACCUUUCGGCUAUGGGCCUGCCGCAAGGUUUUUUCACUCAUAUUCUUCUCGAUGAAGCGGCACAGGCCAUUGAAUGUGAAACGGUUACACCUUUGGCCAUAGCGAAUGAAAAUACCCGGCUUGUUCUGGCGGGUGACCACAUGCAAAUAGGCCCCGAUAUAUUUUCGCCUUUUGCUAAAGAACGAAACUUGCACAUAUCGCUUUUGGAAAGAUUAUACGACCAUUACCCCAAACAAUUCUCAUGCAAAAUCCUUCUGUGUGAAAACUACCGAGCUCAUGAAAGUAUCAUACAGUUCACAUCAGAAUCGUUCUACGAUCAGAAGCUGAUAUCCAGCAGCAAGCAACCACGUCAUUUUAAAUAUUUUCCUUUGAGCUUUUUUACGACUCGAGGCGAAGAUGUGCAAGACAAAAAUUCGACCGCUUUUUAUAACAAUUCGGAGGUGUAUGAGGUGGUCGAAAGAGUCGGCGAGCUGAAGCGAACAUGGCCGGACGAAUGGGGCAAAUACAAUGAUCAAUCUAUUGGAGUGGUAACUCCAUAUGCGGACCAAGUGUUUAGAAUAAGAGCGGAACUCAGAAAAAGGCGCAUUGACAACGUUUGCGUGGAGCGGGUUUUAAAUGUGCAAGGUAAACAGUUUAGGGCAAUUAUCUUAUCGACUGUGCGCACGAGAAAAACCUGUACAAACGCAGCGUCGGAUCUAAUGGAUUACGGAUUCAUGUCCAAUUCUAAGCUUCUUAACACCGCAAUAACAAGAGCGCAAAGUUUAGUGGCCGUGGUGGGAGAUCCAGUUGCGCUUUGCUCGCUAGGUCGAUGCAGCAAAGUGUGGGAACGAUUUAUUCAAAUAUGUAAUGAAAACGAGAGCCUGUUCGGCAUUACUUGGACCCAGUUGAAACUACAACUCGAUUCCAUAGAACUGAAAAAGAUUUACACGCUCAAUCCCCUGGCGCCUGAGUUUAUUCCGAGGAACUACAAUAAGGAUUUGCAGUUCCAUCAACCCGCAGCGGAGAUGCUGCCUCCAAGCAGUAUCAUAACACAUGUUGUUCCACCUCCUGGUGUGUCUCCAUUUGGACUUCCGUUUGCGCCUCUACUAUAUCAAGCUCAGAACAGGCCGUUUAUUUUUAACCCGCUCUCUGCCAUGGGCCCGAAUAUCGUUCCUCACUCGUUUUCGCAGCCUCUUCGGGUUGUUAACCCAACAGCUCCAUUGGUGCUGCAAUCUCACAGACCCAUGGGGAAUUUGCGGCCUUUAAUGUCCCUGCCGAAGACGUCGGUGCCAAGUGGAGAAGCAUUACCGAAGAUAUCGACGCCACCAGUCCUCAAACCCGCAAACCCAGUUUCAAGUAAUAAAUUGAUUCAGUUCAUGAAUAACGUCCAUUUUCCGGAGGCCUCAGUUCUGAGUGAUUGCAUCAAUUUACUUCCUCAAAAUAUGUCGUUAGCGGAUAUGCUCCUGCAGCCGCAUAGCAUGCAGGAACGGUGGUACAACUAUCUGAAGGAGAGUAGCGGCGAAGAGGCAGCGGAAAAAUUUAAAUAUCUUCUCCAUACAACAAACCAAAAAGGUUCCAAAAUUCAGGAACGGUUAAUAUUUGAUUGCGCUACACCGCAGUCCUGCGACUCGCCCACUUUCAACUGGUACGAUAGUCCUACCAAUCAACUGAACUUAAAUAAGCCAGUUUAUAUUCAAAGCGACCAUAUAAAUCUCAACGACCUGCAGAAAAUUGAAAAACCAGUUUUUAUCAAUAAAAUUGAGGAUGAUGCCACUAGCAGCAUAGUGAAUUCAAUGUUGGAAGUAGACGAAACGGAUUUGCAACGGCAUAUAAAUGAGGAAUUUGCCAAUCUGAGUCUUAGCAAUUGCAACGAUGAAAGAAAUGUAUGCGCAGCCUUUAGCAAAGAUAGCUUUAUAGGAGAAUUCGGUAUCAAUGGAACUGCUGGGGUUGGAGUUCCUCGAUUUUAUAAAUAUUUUCAGUAGUUUUCACACUGUUACCGGGCGAAUCACUUGAUUGCUGAAGAUUUUGUUCAUUUAAAACUACUACUACAAAUUUUAAAAAGCAAAUAAGGCACAAAUCCUUUAUUGCUGUUUACAAUUCGCUUGAACGCCUUAGAUUUCUUUAACAUACGAUUAGCACUUUCCACAUAAUUACAUUUAUUCGACGAACUUUCACGCAAGCAAACUAAUAUGUUUGGCAUUUUUUUAAAGACGGCGAAGCAGCGAUUUUUAUGAUUGAUGUUUGAUAUCACUAAAAUUUCCCUACUUAACUAGUUGCAUUAAAAUGUCACACAUACACAUUAAAAGAAAUGUCGUUGCAUUUUCAAUUUAUUUAAGCAACUUUUUUUCGGUAUUUCGGUGAUAAUUAGGGUCCGAAGACUGAACUUUCUGUCUGUUAUCUCGAAUCGAUUUAUUCGUUGUUCAGAAAUGAACUAAUAAAUCCCUUCUUGAGGGAGCCGGUAAGUUGACAUUUUUUGGACCUUAGUAUAGAUGAGAUUUUCGUAAUGCUUUUGGCUCUAGAAUAUGCCCUUAAAGUGUCGCAGAUUAAAGCUGAUAUUGUAUAUGCAUCAAUAUUCAGUUGAUAUUAUUUCACUCAGUAAAAUGUAGUAGGCUACAUUUAUUUAAAGUUUUACGAUUAUUUUUUAGUUUUAUUCUCAAGCAAACUGUAACUCAAUUGUUAUGGAAUCCAGUUUUGAGUUGCAUAUUUGCAAUUUGUUCAACUUUUUGCACUAUAAACCACCCAUUUCUAGUGCUGUCACUGUUUUCUAUGAUAUAUUUUCUUUGUUUUUUCUAUUGCAAUACCAUUUGUUUUCCUAGUUUUGUUAUGGCUUUGUAUGAUAGUUUUAUUAUACAAUUUGAAUCAAUAUGUGUGGAUCUGAUUGUACAGUAUUACACAACAUAUUUUAUUUUGCUAAGAGUACUAUUCAUGUGAAAAAUUGCUUCGAUUUCUUUUGCGUAUGUAUUUAUUUCCUUUACAUURAGAAUGAUGUAAAAUUCACGGAUAAAGUAUAAAAGGGUUAUUUAUUAGUGUUUAUGUCUAAUAUAUCCUCUUUGCGGACUUUUACGUCACACAUUKAACUUCUACAAUUGAUUAUAAAAAUAUCUUAAUGUGAAUUUAGUCUUAUGUAAAURCAAAGUUGAUGUUUGCGUCUUUGAUUAUUUCACGGGACCGUUUGACUUGAUUCAUAUGAGGUAUAAGUCUCAAUGUAUCGAAAAAGAUCUGUGCAGUUACUAGCRSAUUUAGAUCUACGCAGAGACGAAGUWGUAKGUAGUAUACAACAAUAAGUACCUGUAUUGAUUAAAUAGCGUACUGUUUUUAUCUCAUAAAUAUGUAGGCGUUUAGCUUAGAUUAAAUAUUUUUGUAAAUAUUCAUGUAAAUUCUUAUUUAAAAUAAAUGUUUGUCUAGUACUCAAAUUCCAUUAUAGAUUUUUUACGUUUGUUCACAUUUAAAAAUAUAUGUAUACCUAAUAUAUAUGUGUACGAAUAAAAAACGUUUCCAUGUGCA